AUGGCCCGUCGAUCGAGGCGACGUCCGAAUUUCCUUGAUGACGGCUCCGCCACCCAAGAUGCCCAGGAGCUCGGUGCCGCCGAAUGCCAACCAGGUUGCCUGCGUCGAGGGCCAGGCAUGCGAGCCAAAGGUAGCAGAGUCGACAAUGACAAGAUGAAAGAUGAAACUGAUGACGGUGCAUCCGACCCAGCUGGGUUGCAGCGCGGUAACCUACGGUGCACUAACGUACGGCGUGCAGCGCACAAACCGUGCAUGGCACUGCCUGGUGCGGCGAGCUUGCUCGUCCCGUCCAAUGGAAAGCGCCGACGACCCCCCCUGUGCUGCGAGGCCAGCGGCUGCCCAGCGUCGACCUUCUGGCGGGGUCCGGCUAAGCACUGCCCCCUCCAACCCCUCUACUGUUCCACAGUGAUGUCAACACUCCCCCAAGCUCUCUGCUCCCCCCAAGCUCUCUGCUCCCCUCUGCUUCCUCAAGCUCUCCUCUCCCACCCAUCAUCUUCUUGCCUUGGCCAUCUCCUCCUCCUCAGCAUAUCUUUCACGUCUCGUGUUUACCUGAGAAAUCCAUCAGCCAACGCGUCACUCUUAGCAGGCUACGCCCCGGCCGCUUCGCCCAUCAUACCUCUCCGUCCCGUCGGCCUCUGUCCUUCACCGUACCCGACAAGCUCGGCAGAGGACGCAUCGGCGGAAUCCAAUCCUCGGCCACGACACCUCGCAGAGUCCGCAUGGCAUCGCCGUGCCUCCCUUGCUAGCUUCGUCAUUCAUCGAGAGCCGCCCUGUCCCGCGGCAAACGCCCGGCUGCUCAUCUCCUCUCCUCUCAGGGCCAUCUACGGACGCAAGCAUUUCCCCCAAGAUCUUCCCGUCGAGAAUUUGACGCACAUUCUGUACGCCUUUGCCAACGUCCGCCCCGACACGAGCGAGGUGCACCUGACGGAUGGCUGGGCCGACACCGACAUCCACUGGGAUGGUGACUCGUGGAACGACGCGGGCACCAACAUGUACGGCUGCUUGAAGCAGCUCAACCUCCACAAGAGGCGGAACCGAAACCUCAAGGUCCUGCUCUCCAUCGGCGGCUGGACCUACAGCGCCAACUUCAAAACCCCCGCCGCCACGCCGCAGGGUCGCGAGACCUUUGCCAAGAGCAGCCUCGAGCUUCUCAAGAACAUGGGCUUCGACGGCCUCGACAUCGACUGGGAGUAUCCCCAGAAUGCCGACGAGGCGAGGGACUUUGUCGAGCUCCUCGCCACCGUGCGCCGGGAGCUGGACGCCUACUCCCAGACGUUGGGCGGCGGCCACCGCUUCGAGCUCACCGUGGCCUGCCCCGCCGGAGCCCAAAACUACGGCAAGCUGGACCUCGCCGCCAUGGAUCGGCACCUCGACUUCUGGAACCUCAUGGCGUACGACUACGCCGGCUCCUGGGAUCAGCUCAGCGGACACCAGGCGAACCUGUACCCGAGCCCGGACAACCCCGCCUGCACGCCCUUCUCGACCGCCGCCGCCGUCGACUUUUACACGAGCCACGGCGUCGCCCCGGACAGAAUCGUCGUCGGCAUGCCCCUGUACGGACGUGCGUUUCAGAACACCGACGGCCUCGGGAAGCCGUACCAGGACGUUGGCGAAGGUACCUGGGAGCGGGGCGUUCACGAUUUCAACAAGUUGCCUCUCGAAGGCGCGCAGGAGACGUACGACGAGCGUGCCGGCGCCACCUACUGCUACGACGCACGGCAGCGGACGCUCGUCACUUACGACACGCCGCAGAUGACGAGGGUCAAGGCCGAAUUCAUCAGGCAACGGGGCCUCGGCGGCGCCAUGUGGUGGGAGAGCAGCGCCGACAAGGCCGGGCCCGACAGCUUGAUCGGCGUGGCCGUCCAAUGCCUGGGGGGUGCCGACGGGCUCCUGAAGCGAGACAACUGCAUCGAGUACCCGCACACCAAGUACGACAACCUCCGGGCUGGCUUUCCCAACAAUUGA